AUCACAGAUAAUACUAACCCAAGUACCAACCAUUUUUAGUUACCCAUUGAAUAAGUAUGAUUACAGCCUCAGAUUUUUACGGUAAAUGAGUGCAGUAAUGGCACAGCCGAUACCAUGGAUAUUUUGAAAAUCACUAUUAUUAAAGUUUGUGUAGAAACGAGAAGCACUAAAAUUCCAUGAACCCUUAUUUUAUGAUGUAAAGUUUCCACAAAUAUUCUAAGCGGAUGUUCAAACUUGGUUACAAAUUCGCCGCUGAAGUGCGCAAAUGGUUAGCCAUUUAAAAUAAAAUAAUAGCCAAUUACAUGAGACCAUGAAUGGAAUGAGUAAUAUAUGUGGUGAUAUAUGAUAAAACGACAGCGGUCACAGAUAACACGUUUAUUACGUUGUUAAUUAUGUGGAUGAAAUAUUUGUAAGUGAAAUGUAAGCAAAAAAUAAACACAAAGGUACUUGUGUCGUGCUCACUGAUUUGAGAUAACAGGGUAAAAUCGAAAAAUCUUAUAAGGGACGAUCAUUUCACAGUAUCAGUUUCAUGGUUACCAUGCUAAAAUGGGAAGUAGAUUCUUCAGAUGGUUUAGUAAGCGCCUUCAGAAAAGAACUAAUAGGACCGAAUCUACAAAUAUAGCCGAAAUAAAUGAAUUUCCUGUCAGCCCACAUGAGACCGAAUCUGUCAUGCAUUUAGAUUUUCAGGAAACUGUAAAAAGUGAGGCAAUGGAAGGGCAAGAAAAUCAGCAAGAAUUGCAUUUGGAUCAUUCUGGAUAUACUUCUACAUGCAAAUUAGUAUCUGCAGGUGACUCAAGUAGAAGUAUUAAACCAGGAAUUGCAUGUAAUGAAGCAGAUAUAAAAUCUGAGGAAAUAUGUUUGACAGGUGAAUCCUCUCAGUCUAUAUUGCACAUUGAAGUGUCUGAGAAUGCACAAGCACUGACCACAAAUUCAGAAACUUCAAACACAUUGAACAUACAUGCUUGUGGUGCCUAUGAAAAUUAUGUGUGUAGUGGCUCAUGUACAAGUUCAGAUUUAUUUCCAGCAGAAAUCAGUGUGUACUCAGGAUUAACUGCAGGUGAAAUAGCCUUGAUAGAAAAUGAUGUUGAAAUACACCUAAAUAGGAUAUGUCCAGCUACAUAUUAUGAUUUCUGCCUUAUAACUUGUGAUGCAGAUUAUGAGGAAGCCGCAAUAUUUAGAUCAGAAUUUUGCAGGGAAUAUAAUUUGAUAGGUUGUAUGUUGUUUGAUGAUGAUAUUGCACAUUUAGGAGAAGAUAUCUUUGAUCAGUAUGAAGCAAUGAUGAAACGGAGUACUAAAGUAUUCUUUUACCACACUGAAAAUUACAAAAAGGACAAUGUUCAUUGCCGUGUGCAAAAUGGUGCUGUCUACCAACAACUUUGGGAACGAAUGUGCAAAGAUAAAGAUAAAUGUGUUCCUAUAUUUCCAAAUGGAAGUCACAAACUGGGUUUAGCUCUAUCAGGUAUAUCUGGUUUGGAUCCUACCCUUCCAGAUCAUAUGCGCAGACGUGUGCUAGCAACAUUUACUAACAUGAUACGUAAAGUUCGUGUGUUGAAGGAGGCAGAAGCAAAGAGGAAAAGAUAUGCCCUUUAUAAAGAAUUGUGUGAAUAUGUGGCCCAGUAUUAUAAAGAGACAAAAGACUCUGUUAUUAGACAAGGCAAGGAUUUAAGUAUGAGAACUCAGCUACCCUUAAGUGAAGAAGGUACAAGACAAGAACUUGAAAUAUAUCCAUCUGAUAGUGAAGUACCACAUCUAAAACAGAUGUUGACAUCUCUGUCUGUGGAAGAGGAAGCAAAGAAUAUAAUACACAAGCUUGUAUCUGAAAGUUGUAAAAAUAGCUUUCCAUAUGAUCAUACGCAUAAUUUAGACACACAGCCUUCUCAGAGUAAUAGUUCUAAUGGAGUCAACAUAUCGAGUUCAUCAAAUAUACAUGUAGGGCCUCGGAUUGAACUGAAUGUACAUGUCAAUAGAACAGAAGAAAGAUAUUGUCAUCUUAAUAAUGAAUCUGAUGAUGACACUUUGGAAACAAAGAAUGGAGAUUGAUAAAAAUAUUCUGUUUAACUUUACAAUAUGGCAACUAGUUUCUUAUGCCCCUUUUGCUUGCACAGUACUUUUAUGUGAUAAUUGCACUAUUAACCACUAUUUGUAAAUUGUGCUAGAAAUGUUUCAACCCAUUUUUCUCAAAUUUGGUCAUAUUUUUUUAUUUCUCUAACAAAUCCAAAUUCAGUGACAUUACUAUUGGUCAGGUGAAAAUUUAAUUUUAAGUUCAGUAACAUUAUAUUUGUUUUGGGUCUAAGAAACAUAAAACAAGAAUCCCUAUUCCCUGAUCUUCUCAUCAUAUGCUAUCUGCAACAUACAUGAAUGUUACCAGUUGAUUAAAAAAAAGACAACUUAACCUAAUACUGAAUGAAAUCUGCAUAAAAUAAAUGAGAUCUAAAACUUGAUAUAAUAAUUCCAGUUACUGAUGACUAUCCUCAUACAUGCCUCUUGCCUUGUUGACAAAAAAUGUUGCGCUAGCAGUUGCGUUUUAUUUUAGUCACUGUAUAGAGGACCUGAUUUCAAGAUGAGCAGUUGUUUCUAUGUUCCUCAGUCUAAGAAGAAGUAGACAGAAUUAAAACUAGCUUCUUUCCUGAGGCAUUUUUUGAAUAGAAUACAUAUCUAAACUUGAUCCCCCUCCCUAUUUUUAGGCUAGGCUAAAUCUACUUAAUUUCAGUUUCAAGUGAUCCAUAAGAUACUCCUUUUUAGGUCCAUUGGUCAUUCAGGUAGUACAGCUAUAAACAUUAAACUCCACUGUGGUUAUAAUAUUGGAGAGCCAGACAAUUUAAGACCAAGCAAGUGCUGGGGUUAAAGUUCAAAUCCUGUAGAAGGCAUGCAUGUUUCUGAGAAUUCUUCCAGAUAUUCAAAGAAAAAUUAUCUUUGCCAUCAUUUACUUUCAGACAUAGCUCAAUUUAUUUUACAAUAAAAUUAAUUACUGAAGGUGUUGAAGCAUGGAGUAAUUUUACUUCAACUAAAAUCAAGCGUAACUUAAUUGUGAUAUCAUACAAUUUUUAUAGUACUCAUGUUUGACAAACUGUGAAUACUUACAAGAUAACCCUCAUCCAAGUAAUACUUCUAAAUUUUGCUCUUUGUUUAUAAGCAGUUAAAAAAACUAAUAAUUUAUUCUGAGUAUCAAACAAGCCCCACAAAUGUACUUCAUAGUUAAAAGUAUUAAUUUGUUGAUGUCUAAGACAUAUGGUUUAUCCUUUAAAAGUAAAAUGGAUGUUGGUAGCCAAAUUCCUUUGCCAAGCCUUUUACAACAGGGUAUUUAGCAGCUCUGGUAACUUAUAUUUACUAUGCAUGGGAGAUCAGAUAGCAGGACCAUUUCAUGUUAUUGGAAUGGAAUGCCAUGUUCAAUAAUAGAUGUGAAGAGUACAUUUCUGUUUUCUCACUAUUUUAGAGGGAAUACCUCAGUUAUUUAUUAGUAUUACUAGUAUACUAUACAGUGUGUGUCAGAUUCAUACUUCUAUUUUUACUCUCUAAAAUCAGCUGUGCAGAGCCAUUAAUUAACAAUGCAUAUCUAUAUGUCUUGGCAGUAUGUGAUUUCAGAUAUUAAGUACCUACAGGAAAAAAUGGAACAUAACAGACUGGAUUAGCUUUCUGCUAAUGAUUUUAAGCUUUUGUCUUGAUUUCAUUUUCUAGUGAUGAAACUGGAGGAUAUAUGUAGCAUUCUUUUGCAUUACUGUUUAUAUAUAAUGUGGAGUCAUAAUUAUGAUUAAAAACUGAAGUAAUAAUGCUGGCUGUACUGUCAAUGACUUUCAUGGCAAGCACCCCUUAGCAGAGGGCAUGCUUUACACAAAUUGUUCAAUGAGUGCUUGUUAUAAAGAUCACCUAUAUUCUGCUGUUGGCCAUAUCACAUUAUUCAUACACUAAAAUGAUAGCAUGACCAGUGAAACAGGAAAAUGUGCAAUUAUGAAUUAUGAAAGACACAAAGAUACAUCAUUAUUACAAAGAUUAUUCUCAUGUUUUAAGAGUCAAAGAAGGAAGGAAUGCAUGUAUCAUACAAGAAAUAAGCUUAUGGAGUGGCAUUUUAAGCGAAUGUCCAUCAGACAGGGCAGAGAAUGUGACAACACAACUGAACCUAUUCCACUUGCUACUUGGCCUGGACAACAGCUGUACAGCACUGUGGAGGCAGUUAUUGCUCAAGAAAGUAUUAAUAUUGACCAUGCUCACCUUUCCACCAUUCAAAGAAAAAUAGAAACCAAACUGCAAGAAUCAUGUCCAUUUGAAGUGAAGGAUCAAUAUGAUUUUUGUAUGAUAAGUUCAGAAAGUGAUUUGUGUGAAGCAGAAAAAUUAACAGAAAACUUGAGUAACCAGUUUGAACUCAUAGGCCAUCUUGUAUGGAACUCUGUGUACCUGGGAGCUGACCAGUUUACUGUGUUUGAAGAUGUUAUUGAGAGGAGCACUGUACUUAUAUUUUAUAUUACAAGGAAUUUUAUAGAAGACAGAUUCUGUUGCCAUAUAGCAAGAAAUAAACUUGCCAGUCCUGUUGAAGUAUGUGGUACUAUAAGGAAUGUUCCUCUUUUAAUAGAUAUUGAUCUUACAUUGCCAGAAUCUCUUCGACUCAUACAAAAGCUUACUUUACAGUACAUCGGAGCUCAGUUUCCAAAGAUAUUCACUGAUAAGGUUCGAUUUGAAAAAAUAGAAAGGCAGGUUCAAUGUGAAAUGCUGACUGAUAGCAAGAGACUUUCAAUCAUGAGGGAUGCUGUAAAGCGCAUCAGUAUCAGAUGACUCAUCUAUACACUGCAUGAUGAUAUCAGUUCAUAAACAUACUACUGAUUUAAUGGAUUUCAGGUUUAAUAGAUGCUGUCUGCUGUUGCCAAGGAUUUUUUGGAUGAGGCAUUAGUAGACAUAUUCAGUUAUAACUGGCAAAGUCUGUUGGAUUUUUUUGCACUUAAUUACCUCUUUACCCUGUUUUAAUGAUCUGUGUCACUGUAGGUGUCCAGUUCAUAUUACUGAUCUCUUUGGUGGUGUUCCUAAUGGAAAUGAUAGUGUUAAGCCAUGUCUACACUCGUGCGGUUUUACGUUCGUCAAGGGUAUGCGUUAUAUAUAACUGCACAAUCCAGAUUUUGAGGCCUUGCUUGUAAGAUUUUUUGUAUGUUGUUGGCAAUCUUAAAGGCCAUUAUUUUCAAACAAGUUUGUUAUAGUUCUGACAAAUUCUCCACUACAAUAGAUGCAAAAUAUUUCUGAGCCUGAGCUACAUCACAGUAAGAGAAAGAGGAGGAAGACAGCAAAGAGUCUGAAUAUGCACAGUAUAAUUGGAAACUGUAACCACUCACCAUUCUCAUCCACUGCUCCCUGUAAGUAAUGCAAUGCCACCCAUUUCCUCACCCAGUGUGUCUGUGCUGUCAUCUCCUUUAUCGCUGUCACUGUUGUCAUUCUCCAAACCUCUGAAACUGAUAAGAUGGGGUCGACUGCAGUGUCAAAACAAGCAUCCUUGUAAUAAUACUCAUUCAACAAAUUCAUGUGUUCACGUAGUAGCUUCCAGCCUUCUACACACAUACUGUGAAAUAUUUUGUCACACAGGUGCUUCACAUAUUUCAUAUUAAAAGUAAAAUUUCUUGCUGCAACUUGUUCCUUAACUUUUGCCUACAUAUUUUCAAUUGGGUUCAAGAUGGUGGCAGAUAGAGUGUUGUGUGUCCGUGAUUUUCCACUAUUUUACCCAUGGAGUAUGGUACUUGCUGGGGCUCGUACUGCUUAAUGAGCCAAUGCAUUGUAGGUUUUAGCAUGUCAUCAGCUAAUAUGCUGGUUUGUAACUGCUGCAGCAUUUCAUUUUUCAUAGAGGUGGACGAUGGAGUAAUUUAAUUUUAUGUUGUGGCACAUUAUCUAUCGCACAACUUUCAGCAGGGAGGUUUUGUACAAGUUUUUCCUUCAACCAUUUCUUGUAACUAGUCUGAUUCAUGUUUAUAAUCUCCUGCAGCCUGAUGAGUUGAUACAAGAGCAUUAGGGAUGUAACUGUUCUCACCCCCGGCAAGAAUCAUAAUGAAAUGUCCUUUAGAUACAGGUGUAAGGAAUCCAUUCAAAGAUUUGUCACUCCAGGACUUCUGUUGAACAUGUAAAGAUAAAACAUAAGACUCAUCUUUAAAUAUUAUGCCAUGGUUUCUAUUCCUGAAUUGCUGUGCAGAAGUUAGACACUUCUUGUCAUGAAUGUCCUUCUUCUGAAACAAAAGAAGGUGCUGUGAUGUAGUUUUCUGCCACCUAAAACCCAUUUGCUUUAGUAGUAUUCUUAAUGUGGUAAUGCAGCCUAGAAACUUCAUGUCAUCUUUUAGCUUCCACAGAGAAGUUUAAAUAGCAGGAACACAUUUUUUAUUAAUACAUAAGUUAUGAACAGUUCUAUGAACUACAGCUUCAUCAAGUCCAUCUAGAUUGUAUUUCACAGUUUUCUGUCAGGUGUCAAAAAUGAGAUUCCUUCUACAUCUAGCCUAGUAGCUCCCAACAAGGGUAUUACAGCAGCCUGCGGUGCCACAGAAAUUUAAACAUGCCAAUUUUUAAGUUAAACGUUUAACUUAUUCCUCAAGGGCACCAUUGUAUUAUGUAAAUCAGUUUAGGGCUACCAAGUGUUUUCUCCAGAAAACAAAUUAUGGACAUGCAGGGGUGCCAUAAAAUAUGGAAUGUGUUGCGUGUGCCAUCAAUGAAAAAAAAGUUGAUUUCACUGAUCUAGCCUGUUUGCCUUUCUUUCUUUCUUUUUCCCCCCCUGCACUGUAGCACAAGACACUCCUCUUGCUUGUUGCUUUGGCUAUUCCAACUGUGCUUUCUCAGUCAGAAUGGAUGGUUCCUAAUUUCUCACCUCAGCUUCCAUGAAAGUCAUUAAUAGUAACUUCUUGUGUGAGUGUAAUUUCUUUCCAUUGAAUUAUGACAAAAUUGGUGGAUACAAUGACUAUUACACUACACUGUAUUUUGUGAACCAAACAAAUUGUAAAACACUACUACAUGCACUACUUAUACAGACUAAACAUUGUACAAUGAAGGACUGGGUUAUCUUUCCAUAUGCACUGUCACUUGGUCGUCUUCCCCUCCCUCCCCAUACCUCAACCAACUGGCCAAUCCAUGUGUAUCUGAAACAGUCGAUGAAGCUUAGCGAUAUGUUACUACUACUGUACAUGUAAAUUUUAUCCACAUGGUCAGUAGUUAGAACAGGUAUAAAAGAGCCAGUAAUGAUGGCCCAUAUGAAUCAAAACAUGUUGUGUACCAGUUAAUAACAAAUCCCAGCUAACAAACAGUUGAAACAACUGGCUUUAUUACUUCCUUGAGACUAGCAUAACUCUAGGUCAGUCCAUGGGAUCUGUGACAGACAAAGCUAUAUCGGGACAUAUAUGAAUAUCUUCAGGUUUCUACAAAAAUUCAAGCCAGUGUUUUGGCACCUAAACCCAAGUAUUAAUGUUUCUAGUUGCAAAUUAUUUUAACUGAAUUAAAUUACAAAAUAUUAAUUUAUUUCUUUAUGUUACAACAUAAACAAAGCAACUUAUAGGGCACUGAUAAGUAUUCAACAACUUUGUAACAGGCUUAAUGGUGGAAUAUGAGGUUUUCAUGGCAGUGAGUCUGAAGAUGGCUGUCUUCUGGGUUGUAGCAAAAUGUAGUCUGGUCACUCUGAUGAUGGAGGCUGCAAGGACUUCUGAAACACUGGUAAACUACCAGAUUACAUGGUGCUACUACAACCCAGAAGGUCGUAGUUUUAGUCUAAAUGUGCAGCUACUAAAGUGAGUUUUAUAACUUAAUUUUAGUACUGCAUGUGGCAUAGACAAUAUUUUAACAUAAUUUUCAGAAGAAUUCUACCUAUAAAAAUUCAAUGUGUUACAUUAACAAAACCCCUCCCCCCCUGCCAAAUAGUACUAUUUUGAAAAUAUUGCACACUGAAAACUUUAUUUUAAUAUUAAGAUUGAAAUGCUACCACAGGUGAUGUUGCUGUUCAAGAAGCUAAAUGGCAAUAAAUUCAUAGUCACAUUAGAUGUACAAUAUGGUAUUACCAGAAAGAGCAUUGACCACUGACAGGCAACACAUACCUAAUACAUUAUCUCCUUGUUAGUUCAUAGCCCAUUCUUUUUACCAACAUAUCCAUCACUUGUUUACUUCUGCCCUGUCCUAAAAAUGUCAUCAGUAAGUGUCCUCCAAAUACCUGGAAAAUGGGACAAGUUCUACACAUAAACAAAUGAUACAGUUUGUUCACAAGAUUAAGACUUGAAUAUUUUAUAGCAACAAUAAGUAAUAACUUUGAUGAUAAUUUAAUAUCUUAUAAAAUGUGACUAUGUAUCUUUAUUUAUUGAUAUACCCCUGUUUCUUAAUCACUUUCAUACUUUGUAUGCAUUAUACUCUAAUCCCUUUGAAUGUAAAUGCAAUUAUGGGCAUGACCAAUAUUUUAAAAUCAGAUUUAGUCCUGAACGUACACAGAUUUUCUACUGCUUAACAGCUACCUGUAGUCAUAAUUUUUCACACAUUGUUAUUAAUGCAUUAGCCUAAAUUUCAUAAAAUGAAAAGAAAUCAGUUCAUUUGGUAUAUACAUCUUGUUUAAAACAAGCAGAAAACCAAAUUAUUUUGUUCAGGAGUUUCAAGAAUUGAAAGUAAAUAUUCACUGUCAUUUAUGGAUUUACCUUAAGUAAACAUAAGUACCUGAUACAAAUUUAAGAAUUUUGUCAAUAUGAUUGGUUAUGAAGUUUGAUGUCCUUCCAUGUUUGUACAGUUUGUUACAACUGUUACUUAAAACAAACACACACUAACAACUACUCUUAUGCAUAUGGAUUAAAGCAUACUUUUUAUAGCCAUAACAUGCAAUAAACAAAAUUAAAAAUAGCUUACUUUGUUGGUAAGGAAAUAAGAAUUACAUUGUAUGUAAGCAUCCUGUUGUGAAUCUGAAUUCACUAGUUUGAUUUUCAGUCAGUCUUUAUUACUAACUUAACAAAUUUUUCUUUCUGUUUGCCAGUUUUAUGACAUACCAUUAAGCAUGGCAUGUUUUAACUACAUAUAGUCAUCAUAAUAUUUUGUAUUGAUCUUGAAAAUUGCAUUAUAUAGUUACCUUUGUUGAGACAUUGUUAUAUAAAAUCAGUUGUGUCAUUUCAUAUUGUGUGUUAAAAUAACUAGACAUAAUUAAAAGAUAGUAACUGAUUAAAGUCACUUAUUUUUAUCUGUGGUUCUAGAGUCCUUGAUGGACCUUGGCCUCCUCAAAUAUGGGAGAUUACUUAUCUAUUUAGACACUUAUACAAUGGUAAUGAAUACUAUUACACACAUUAAAUAACCACUUACUGUCCAUAUCCAAUUACAUUUAUAGAAAUGAUGUCUUACUUAUUAUCUGAGUUGUUGUAGUAUCUUUUCUAAUGUUUACUUUGUUUCAGAAUGCUAUUUUAACCUAAAAUUAUGUCAGAAGUAUCAUAUACAAAUAUGUAAGCAGAGAUUCUUGUAGGUUUUAGUUCCUGUAAGGACUUGUUUUUAUAUAGUAUAAAAACACUGUAUUCUCUGCUGAAGGUGCAAUAUUAAAAUUAUUUGCCUUUAAUUUUAUCCCUGCAUAUUAUGAACCAUGAGAUGUAGUAUUAAGUCCUCAUAAUUAGGUUCUGAAUGCAGCAAUAAAGAUAUGCAUAGAUGGCA